ACAAUGUUUGGUAUAAUUUGGAAUAUGGAAGAUUUAAUAGGUGUGCUUCAAACUGUUUGCUUUGAAUGAUUUGUAGCUAUCGUCUCUGUCGCUGCAUGACAGUGCAUCCUACACUGUUCCCCCUACCAGAAAACACGCGGUACCGUAAAGUGGUGUUUAUUCGCGCAACAAAAUUCAGGCGGAAACUGAAGAGCGGAUUAGUUGAGUAGACCGCGUUUUGCGAGUGUCGGCUUGACAGCAGUGAAACGACAUCGUUUUAUGUAUCAUAAACACGAUAUGAGCGUCCAGCAAAUGUACUUAUCAAAAUGCUGUUACAUUUGUAGCUAUUACCAUUAGCUGACUUGUAUUGCCGACUUCUCUGUUUUGGUGCUGAGUUCCCAAACAAGUCAACUUCAUCUGUGACAGUUAAAUUCAAGCAGUUGUCAGUCAUCGGAUCCAGAAUUUAACCGGAAACACCCUACUAGGCAUUGAAAGGGGCUUGUAUGUAUGUGGAGUCUCCAUCAUUUCAACCUGGUGAUGUGCUGCCUAUGAUCCGUGCUCUUAUCCACAAAAUGGAGGCAGGUAAUUGCCCUGCUGGAAACGAGGAGAAACAAACCGUUUCCUCACCUUCAGCUCAACAGGAGAACACUGCUUGUGAUGGACCUGCUGUAGAUGAGCCAGACAGCCAAAGCCAGUUCUCUAGAGCUGCUUCUUACCCUGAAUCAGAAGACCUGGACUCCUUUAACCUAAUAGAGCCUCCUCCUCUAGACUGGAGGUCAGACGACUCUAGUGAAGCAGGUUCAGUGGAAGAGAUGGACGACCCUAGCUUCCCUCCCUCCUUGGUCCCUGUGGACAGUUUAGAGGACAGAUUAAGUGAGUCCCUACCUCCCUUGUACACUAGUGACACUGCAGCUUCUUCUCUGGUAGUUAGCCAGGAGGAGCUAAUCGACUAUGCUCCUGAGGAUAACACCCCAACCAAACAGGUUCUGGAUCCUAGCAAAGAGGGAGGAGAGGUGGGGGAUGCGAUGGAGGAGAAGGUUGAGAUCAGGAGAACAGGUGACAAAGACCACACGCGGAUCCACCACCUGCUAAACCGACUCCAGGUCAUUGGAGAAAGCCCUCUCCACAGGGACUCAACCUCUGACCCUACACCACCACCAUCAGAAUUCUCUGAGCCCUCUGAAUUUGAGCCUCCAGGCCCAUCUCUGUUGAUGGACAUCAGCCCAUUGCUACCAGACCCAGAGCAGAACCCGAAACAGGCCUCGGAGAUGCUUUUCUCAGAGAGUAACCAGAGAGACCUAUUAGGGCUGUCGGAGUGUACAGAGAUGGGGGCUUCCCAGCCCAGUUCCUCUGACAUCAAGGUUCCUCCUUACAUGGCCCGGAGAGGGGAGAUGGACGCGGUGGUGUCGGUCUCCUACAACCAGGAGGAUGGCGAAAGGUUCUGGGAACACUUUGGGAACGGCUGGCGGCUGCGCCACAGGGAUGACUCCGUGGAGUCUUUCCCGGAGGACGAGGUCCCAGAGCCUGUAUGGAUGAAAUUAGGGGAGGAGGUUCCGGAGGUAGACUCUGCAGAGAACAGUCAGCGGGGCGCAGAGGACCGCCCAGCCUAUAAAGACGUGCCUGGCCCCUGUGAUCCAAAUGACCUCCUGGAUGGGGUCGUAUUUGGGGCCAAGUACCUGGGCUCCACCCAGCUCAUGUCUGACAAGAACCCCUCCACCAACGCUCGAAUGAAACAGGCCCAGGAGGCUGUGGACAGGAUCAAAGCCCCAGAGGGAGAGUCUCAGCCUAUGACCGAGGUGGAUCUCUUCAUCUCCACUCAGCGCAUCAAAGUCCUCAGCGCAGGCACACAGGAGGCCAUGAUGGACCAUCCUCUCCAGAUGAUCUCCUACAUCGCAGACAUCGGCAGCAUCGUGGUCCUGAUGGCCCGCAGGAAGCCGGCCGGGGGGCGUAAGGGCCAGGAGGGGAACCCUGCUGGGGUCAACUCCCCCGGGCCACAGAAAAAGUGCUGCAUGAUCUGCCAUGUGUUCAACUCUGACGAGGCCCAGGUGAUCGCUCAGGCGAUUGGCCAGGCCUUCGGUGUGGCCUACCAGCAGUUCCUCCAUGCCAACGGCAUCAAGGCCAGUGAGCUGAGGCCCAGCGAGUACAGUGACUACCUGGGGACACAGGAGCACUAUAACGGAGACCUGGUACACUUCUCGGAUUCAGAUAACAUCAGAGAGGUGUCCAUCUCCAAGGCUCCCAGGGAGAUAGUAGGGGUGGCUGUGGUGGAGUCGGGCUGGGGCUCCAUCUUGCCCACGGUGAUGGUGGCCAACCUGCUCCACGGUGGUCCUGCAGAACGGUGCGGGGCCCUCAGCAUAGGAGACCGCAUCAUGUCAGUCAAUGGCACUAGCCUGGUGGGCCUCCCCAUAACCACCUGCCAGAGUAUAAUACGGGAUUUAAAAAACCAAGCAGAGGUGAAGCUCAGUAUCGUUCACUGCCCUCCCGUCACCAUGGCAAUUAUCAAGCGACCGGACCCAAAAUUUCAGUUGGGCUUCAGUGUAGAGGACGGGAUUAUCUGCAGUUUGAUGCGUGGAGGGAUCGCAGAGAGAGGGGGCAUCCGGGUUGGACACCGCAUCAUUGAAAUCAAUGGGCAGAGUGUGGUAGCCACUCCUCACGAGAAGAUCAUCCACAUUUUGACUGACGCAGUCGGGGAGAUUCACUUGAAGACCAUGCCAGCCUCUACGUAUCGCCUUCUAACGGGACAAGAAACUCCAGUAUUUCUCUGAAAGAACGGUGGAGAGAAUGCUGCCUGUGCUCUCAGAAGCAAACAAGGAAGAAUACCAUUUGGAAGCUAUACACAUGUACACACGAAGCCUCAAAUUGGACUAUGCAAUUGGACUGUAUCACCUGGCUAUUGAUACACCACUGAAAAAAAAAAUGUUGCCUUUAUUUAACUAGGCAUGUCAGUUAAGAACAAAUUCUUAUUUUCAAUGUCGGCCUAGGAACAGUGGGUUAACUGCCUGUUCAGGGGCAGAACGACAGAUUUGUACCUUGUCAGCUCGGGGAUAUGAACUUGCAACCUUUCGGUUACUAGUCCAACGCUCUAACCACUAGGCUACCCCUGCAUAAUGGGGUUAUCCACCUGAACAGAAUAUUUUAUGAUGUAUGUUAGAAUAUCAGGAUGAUACAGCAAAUUUUUUCAAAGAUAGAAUUGUUAAUACUUCUCUGUUUAUAUUUAUGAAAUGUUAAAGCAGAUAACCUCACUUUUCCUAUUGACAAUCUCAGUUAUCUUACUACCAUACUAAUUAUCUUUCUGAACAGGAAAAGCAUGAGUACCUGCAAUUAAUUACUUCUACCGCCAUUCUUUAGUUGCCGAUGUGCCUCAGCUCAGUGGAACUUGAAUUCAUGGAGAGGAGCCUAAUUUAAGAAAGCUGGUCCGUAUGUCUCGUCAUUACGUGCUUCCCACCUCUAGACAAUGUCAUUGAGUAACAUUGACUACUACAUCAGUAUUACAUUGUUAUUAUGUGUCUCCGAACAGUGUCCUAUUAAUAUGCUGAAAGAUUUUACGUUGUGCAUGCCAUUCCCCAUUGUUCCCAUUUCAGUGCCUGGAAGAAUUCAGAACUUAGUUCUGUAUUUUCAGAAUCAAAGGUAACGGCCUUUAGUGUUAGAGAUAUACACUGAGUGUACAAAACCUUAAGGACACCUGCUCUUUCCAUGACAUAGGCUGACCAGAUGAGUCCAGGUGAAAGCUAUGAUCCCUUAUUGAUGUCACUUGUUAAAUCCAUUUCAAAUCAGUGUAGAAAGAUGAAGGGGAGGAAACAGGUUAAAUAAGGAUUUUAAGCCUUGAGACUAUUGAGACAUGGAUUGCGUACGUGUGCCAUUCAGAGGGUGAAUGGGCAAGACAAAAGAUUUAAGGGGCUUUUGAACAGGGAAACGCUCAACAGCUUUUCCAUGGGUAUCAAGAAUGGUCCACCAUGAAAGGACGCCCUGCCAAUUUGACACCUUGUAAAGUCCAUGCCUGACAAAUAAAGGCUCAUAAUAUUUUUUA